AUUUCCGCUAUAAUGUCAGGCGAUUGAGAGAGAACAACAAUCAAUAGGCCUAGAGUAAAUUUUAAAAAUGUGAAACUUCCCAGAAUUUAAAAACCUUAAUAUUCCUAAAAAAGAGUAUGUAACCAAGCGGAUCACUCCAAAAUAUCUCUCAAAGAAAAUCGUAAACCUAAGACAGGGAAAAAAAAUUAGCCGAAAUCAGACUGGGUGUUCCUGAACUGAAAUUUUGGGGAUGGCGACGAGUGACGGGUCAACCCUAGCAGGUGGGAAGCACGACCCCGAGCCGUCCACGUCAAUGGCUGAAGACAGCGAUGAUUCCAAUGAAGAGUCUGGGAAAGGAUUGGACCAUGCAGAGAUGGGAAGUGGAAAGGCUGCCAAGUCAAAAGACAAGAUAGGACACAGGAGGGUGGACAAAACAGGAGCUGUAACGUAUAAAAAGAGGUCCACUUCGGAGCUGAUGGCGGCUAUACAGCUAGGCAUUGGUCAGAGUGUUGGCGGACUCUCCUCAAAACCUGAAAGAGAUCUCCUUAUGCAGGAUUUUGCCGUCAUUGAAAGCGUGUUUUUUCCAUCAGAGGGGAGUAACCUGACCCCGGCUCAUCACUGUAGUGACUUUCGUUUUAAGACCUACGCUCCCAUCGCAUUUCGAUAUUUUCGGGAACUGUUCUCUAUUCAGACAGAUGAUUUUCUGCUUUCGCUAUGUGAUCAACCAAUGAAAGAGCUGUCUAACCCAGGGGCAAGUGGCAGCAUCUUUUACCUGAGCGAGGAUGAUGAAUUCAUCAUAAAAACAGUACAACACAAAGAGGCCGACUUUUUACAGAAACUGUUGCCUGGCUACUACAUGAAUUUAAACCAAAAUCCAAGAACAUUGCUUCCAAAAUUCUAUGGAUUCUAUUGCUACCAGUGUGGAGGCAAAAAUAUUCGAUUUGUUGUCAUGAAUAAUCUUCUACCUUCUUCUGUCAAACUUCAUGAGAAGUAUGACUUGAAAGGAAGUACAUAUAAAAGAAAAGCCUCAAAGGCCGAGAGAAAAAAGUCCAGUCCAACAUUAAAGGACCUGGAUUUUAUGAACAAUAACCCAGAGGGAAUCCUGCUGGAGAAAGAUAAAUAUGAUGCUCUCAUUAAAACCAUACAGAGAGAUUGUAGGGUUUUAGAAAGUUUCAAGAUCAUGGACUACAGCAUGUUACUUGGAAUUUAUAAUAUUGACAUUGCUGCCCAAGAGAGGAAGAAAGAAAGGCCCUCAUUCAGCAGGUCAGCCAAUCCUGACGUUUCGGCUAUGUCGGACUACCCCCCUCAGAUGACCUCUGACCCGGGACAAGAAUCAGGUGGUCGCACGCCCCGCGCAGGCUUAGCUCCACAGCGAACUAAAUCUAUAAAGACUCGAGUGGCCCAGUACACCACUCCUAUGGAAUCCAUCACAGCCAAAGCCACAGAGUCAGACGAAGAGGACCAGGAGGAGGACGAAGAAAUCCCGCCUGGAGGUAUUCCUGCUAAGAACAGUAAAGGGGAACGACUCAUGCUUUACCUGGGAGUGAUUGAUAUAUUACAGAGCUACCGGCUAAAAAAGAAGAUUGAACACACCAUGAAAUCUAUUGUCAUUGAUGCAGACAGUAUAUCAGUUCAUAGACCAAGUUACUACUCACAUAGAUUCCAAGAUUUUAUGUCAACGAAAGUCUUCAGAAAAAUUCCAACUCAUCUGCGCCAGAAAUUUGCUCUGAAACAUUCUCCCUCCAAGCGUAAGACAAAUGCAGGCAAAAGAGUGAACACAAUUUCAGAAUCGGAACCAGAAACAUCGAGGUCAGAGGGCAGGACUCGGUCCAUUAGCUUCCCAGAUGAUGACGACCAACCAACAGGAAGAAAAGGUGGCAGGCCGGACCUUCUUCCUCAGAAUUCGACGCCGCCACCUACGUUUGCGGAGGCCAUAGCCUCCAAAUCUGAUACCUCUCCCAGAGGUCAGGACAUUAAAAUGUCAAGUCGGAUCCCUGGAGCGCUAGGAUCAACAUUCCAGACCAAUCCAAAUGACUCCAGUUAUCCAGUCUCCCCCAAAAUGUCAAGUCUGCGGGGCUCUCCACCCCUGAGUAUUUCUGAAUCCACCCCUACACACACUGAGUACACAGAGGGCACUCCAAGCUACACCCCCUCCUCCCCCAGCUGUUACAGUGAUAUAGAACCAGCAUUUCAAGCCGAGUUGGACAAAGAACUCUUAACUCCGGCAACUGGGACGUCUCUCUCAGGAUUAACAAUUUCAAAUGUCUCAAACACAACACACACUGAUAGUGCUGCACUGACUAAAACAGUGAUCAGAAUCCCUGAUAAUGACAAACAUUCUAGUGAUGCAGAUCACAGGGGCAAACAUUCAAGUGAACAAGAUAUAAAACAUUCAGGUGAGCAGGAUCAAGCUUCCUCUUCACCUGACAUUCCAUUGACUUCCACAAAUAGAGAGGAGGAUCCAGGAUCAACAGGAAUGGAUCAGACAGAAAGUUCUUCAAAAGAAAGCAGUGCUGUAGAGAUGAAGUAGAACGACUUUGAGAAAGGACCCAUCUUUGAAGAAUUUUCUAAAACAGAUCAUCAAAUUAGUUAUCUUGGACAAUAGGAUGCCAGAUAAAAGACAUAUAGGCAAUGUAAAUGUUAUUCCCUAAAAAUAUGGACCCAGGGCAAUAAUUCAUGAUAUUGCCUUCAAAAUAGGGAAACAUGGGUCCAGGACAAUAGUUUAUUAUAUUGCCCUCAAGAGUGGAAAAUAUGAACCCAAGGCAAUAGUCAUGAUAUUGCUCUAGAGAGAGGGCACUGUGAUCAUCUAUUGAUCAUAACUUUUUCAUGUGUCUGUUCUUUUCAUGGUGCUCAUCCUUCUUUUUUUCUCUUUAAAACACUGUCUAAGGAGGAUUUAAGAUCUUCUUUCAAUGUAUAUUAAAUUAUAAUUAAUCAUUUUCUUGUCACUUUAUAUCCUUGAUAAGAACUGAAACAUGCAUAUAUGUCAUGCCAUUCUUGCACAUGUAGAACUCUGGUUUGUUAGUCUUAAAUCUGUAACAUGUUGAUGUGAAUCAUCAUUCUAAAGAAAGUGACAAUUCUCUAGGAAAGUGAAUUUUUUAGAGAAUUACCCCUGUGGUCAAAUUUAAAAAAAUAAUUCUACAAUUUCCAUAAAUUUUCUGAAAUAUUGAAAUCUGGACAUAAUAUCAGUGGGUGAUUAUGCACCUGUAUGUAUUUAUUUGUAUAGUUCAGAGGUCAAAGUUCAUGUAGACUAGGGGUAAUUAAUCAUUGAACAAUAGCAUCUGACAUUAUAUAUAUUAAUUUUAGGUACAGUUUUAUGUACCAAUAUUUACAUCAGAUGUUAAAACGAUGUACCAUGCAGCUUGUAAAUUAUUUUUGGCAAAAUGGAAUUUAUAUUUGUUCUCUUUUUGUGAGUUUGGUCCUUGAACAAUCCUUGUUGAAAUGUUUGCUGAUUAUAAAUUUAAAGUGAUGGACUUGAAUAGACAUAAGAAUGGAAACAAAUUGUUCAUCAUUAGGGGGAGAAAAAGGUUAUUUUUUUUAAAUGCGUAAUUAAUCUAUUGUACAAGUUGAUAGUGACAUAUUUUUCAAAUAUUGGAGGACUGAGAUAUGUUUUGUACAUUAUAUUGUAUGUUUUCUCGCCACAAAUUUUGUUAAAUAUUUCUGGAAGAGCAUUGAACAAAUUAUUCAUACUAACAAAAUCAGCAUCGUUUAGGAAAAAUCACUUUUUAGUUAUAAUUAAUAGAAUGUGAUGUUUUCAUUUAAGUUUGAAACGAAAAGCAGCUUCACAAUGGAUAAACAUAAAGGGAUGGCUAGCUACAAAAUGCUGGCAUUGACAAAAAUACAAUUCAAACACGUUUUUGUGUAUAUUUUGGCUUCAGAUCAUCUUUCAUGUCUCGAAGGGUGAACCAUUAAAUAUUUAAAAAAUAAAAUGCAAAGUAACAUUAUUUCACAUGUUAGAUACCUGGUAUAUCUAGUUUCUUGAGGUUGAUCCAUCCUUUUAGUAUAAGCUACAGUUUUCAUGUAGAAUAUUGCAUACAUUGUUAACCAAAGCCAAUAUGUUAUACUUUAAUUUUCUGUGCAAAAAAUGACAAAAUACUGAAUGUUUCUUGUAGAUGAUCUAAAUGUGUAAAUAUUUUUCUUGCCAAAUAUUGCAGUAACUGUUGCAAAACAAAAAUUUGCUUAAAAUAGCUUAAAGCAGAUUCCUUAUGUUUUUUAAAAGUAUUUUGUAUCUAAUUUACAAAUAUUAAAGUUUUUAAGAAAUGUAGAAUUUUAAACUAUCAUGGCUGUAUUAACCAUGUUAACAUUCCCUAUAUAGUAUUAAUAAUAAUUUUUCAUGCAUAAACUUGAAAACCUUCUAGGGACAAUUUAUUUCAACAUCGUAAAUUUUCUUUUUACACUAUUGAACAAGACAUUUUCAUUCAAAGCUAGGGUAUGUAAUGAAAUGAAGUAUAAUUACUAUGAUCAUAGCUGAGUUCACUCCACGUUGCAAAAACCUUCAAUGUAAGGGGGCGUUUUUCAGAACGUUUGAAAAUGCGCAAACUCGGACAAUAAUUCUCCAUGUUACCAACCAUUGGCUAAACAUACAAAUCAUGCAGUGAUACAAACAUUUGAUUCAUUUCUUAAUUUGGCACAGCUUUUGAACUAUGUGUGACACCACGUUGAAAUUAUGGGAUUUUUUGGCAAUAAUUGGCAUUAUACAAUGGAUGCAGUGUAGCAAAGUGUUCUCCACGUCGACACUACCUCAUAGUGAUGUUGUCAAUAGAAUUAUCACCCUAUUGUUGUUUCUCAAUAGUUCAUGAAAAAUUCUUCAUGAGUAAAAUAUUUCUUUUCGAUUUUGAAAGCAUAUCAUGCCAUUUUGAAACAAAAUAUGUAUACGUAAUCAAUUUGUAAGACAUCCUGAAGUUGAGCCCCCUAGUAAAUACAAAAAAUUAUGUUUGAAAAAAAUGUAGAAUUUAUCAUGUUUCAUCUAAUUCUUGUAAUACCGUAUUUGUUCCUUUUUAAUUUGCACUGCAAAUUUCAUUCAGUUAUGUUAAAAAGUCAAACAAGAUAUUUCAGUUGUUUUAUGCUUCUAGACUUACUGGGAGUAUUUUCUAACUCAUAGUGAGUGAUUUUCAUGCAUGCAUGGUAUUAGCAUCUCUAGGCUUUGGUUAUAUUUUUUCCAAGGACGAAUGAACAUGCACUGCAAAUGUCUUUCAAAAGGUUUCCUAUCGUUUCAAAAAUGUUAUCUCUUUUGAGCCAUUUAAUAAUGCUAUAUAUUAAUAAUAUGUCAUAAUAAUUAUCUGUAUAUUUUGUAUUAAAGGCUCUUGAUCAUGAAUUAAAUAUGUUGAACAUAUA